CCGCCCCGCUCCGCCUCACAUUCGAGUGACAGCAAGCGCACGAGACGCAUCUCUGUACAAGCGCGCCGCCGCUGCAGCAACAACCCCAAAAGCGCCGUGCGCUCCCGUGUGCUGUCAUUGUACAUCCCUCAUAAGUUCUUCUGCCUUCUCUCACCUAGGAAUGCUCUCUCCGUUAUAGCGGGACCGCUGACAUUUUAAUUCAAGUUGUUGCCAUUGAAAAAAGAAACUUCGCGUGGGAACUGGGAAGGAACCGGUGCACCUUGAAAUCUGCGGAGCGACAUAUAACCUACCGGGAAGCGAAGCGAGAGGUUUGCUUUAGAAAUCAGCUGUGUGGAUGCGUUUAUCCGCGUAGUAACGGACGCGUUUCUCUUCACCCUUUGGAUUUGAUUUGCACAUCACACUAAUUCUGUCCAGGAUGGGAUUUCUCGUGCUGCUCGUGCUGUGCGCUCUUUCCGGACCGUUGCGCGGUGAGAGUAAACCCAAGACAUGCUCGGAUCUCCGUCAGUUCUACAACAGCAAGGGGUUCAAUCUUAACGGAGUCCCGCAAUCAGAAAUAUCCGGUGAGCACCUGCGAGUGUGUCCCCAGGGUUACACAUGCUGCACCACUGCAAUGGAGGAGAACCUUGUGAACCUAAGUAGACAAGAGUUUGAGACACAAGUCAAAGAGUCUGGACGCACCUUACAGGCCUCUCUCAACAGCCAAUACAAGCGCUUUGAUGAUUAUUUCUUAGACCUGUUGAACCGUUCUGAAGCAUCGCUUCAGACCUCCUUCCAGACCGGGUUUGGAUCUGUCUUCUCCCAGACUGCAAAGGUGCUUCAGGAUCUGUACUCUGACCUUCGGCGGUACUACCGAGGAUCCAACGUCAACCUGGAGGAGGUGCUGAAUGAAUUCUGGGCCCGUCUGCUGGAGAGGCUGUUUAAAGCUUUAAACCCUCAGUACAUUAUCGGAGAGGAAUAUCUGGAAUGUGUAUCCAAGCAGUCGGAGACGCUGAAGCCAUUUGGAGACACGCCCAGAGAACUCAAGACCAAAAUUACACGGAUGGUUAUUGCAGCCAGAACGUUUGCACAGGGUCUGGUGACCAGUGGCGAAGCGGUUCGAAAGGUCUCGCAGGUGUCUCUGAGCACUGAAUGUGUGCGUGCUGUCAUGAAGCUGACAUACUGUCCUCACUGUAGUGGUGUGGCCUUUGCCAAGCCCUGCUCAAACUACUGUAAGAAUGUAAUGAAGGGCUGCCUCGCCAAUCAAGCAGAUCUCGACUCUGAGUGGAAGAACCUUGCAGAUGUUAUGUUACAGGUCGUCGACAAACUGAGCCGGCCUUACAGUGUGGACUCUGUGGUUCUGUCUCUGCCCAAGCGUAUUGCUGAGGCUAUUCUAUACAUGCAAGACAACCUUAACACCUUCAACAACAAAGUAUUCCAGGCUUGUGGUUCUCCUGCUCAAAGCUCCAACACCGAGGACCAGAUCAAACGAGGAAGAAACACAGCAGAUGAGGUCAGCAGCACCCCUGGAGCUCAACUGGAGAAGCUGUUAUCAGAUGUGUCCAGAAUGUUGAGGGAUAUGAUGCAGUACUGGGUCCAUUUGCCCAGUAAACUGUGUGUGGAUCGUGAGUCGGGACCCAGUGAGAUAGACAGAUGUUGGAAUGGCAUGAGUGUUGAUAGGUAUCUACCAGAGGUGUUGGGAGACGGAUUGGCCAGCCAGAUAAAUAAUCCUGAGGUAGAGACUGACAUCACCAAACCAGACAUGACCGUACGUAAACAGAUUAUGCAGCUUAGGAUCAUGAUCAACCGACUGAAGUUCGCCAUCAACGGAAAUGACGUGGACUUCCAGGACACCAGUGAUGACAUCAGUGGUUCAGGAAGUGGAAUGUGUGCGGAUGAUCAAUGCUCCCGCGGUCCCCGUGUCACUGUCCCUAACACGGACAGUCCCAAAGUCUACGCCUAUCCCUCAGAGAACAAGAAGGUGGUCAAUGGCAGAAGCAGCCAGAAUCUUCCAUGCAUCACCCUCUACAUUCUCUCAAUGGUCGCAGUCUUUCUUAGGCGAUAAUUGACAGGCAUUGCCACCAAUUGGGACUGUGUGUAGUACUGGGUUGGAUUGUGGAGGGGCGGGGUUAGAUAAAUCGCCACAGCAAACAAACAUCAAAGGAAACCAGUGAAUGCACCACUUUUUUUUUGUCGUCAAUAGGAACAACAUCAUGGAAUAUUUUGUGUACUUUUUGUCUCUUAUUUGAUAUAUGACAUCCUUAGAGCUUGUCUUUAUGUCUGUGGUGGGAAAAGGUAUCAAAGACAUGUUUCAAGAAUAACAAUAGCUAUGAAUAUCUGCUUUCAACUCACUGUUCAGCCAAACCAACAAAACAUGUUUGUUUUUAUGCAUUCAAAAAGUUAAUUUUAGAUUAGAUUUAUUUAUUAAUUAAAACCCUUAUGUUUAGAACAAAUCUUGUUAUUAGCAGCAGUAAAAAAGAAGCCAGGUUGGGCCCUUUUAGCAUGAAAAUGACCUUUUUACGAAAUUGGUCCCAGUGAACAAAACAUCUGAAAGAGCCACUUGUGUUCUUCUCAUGUUUGCUUUGACGCUUUUAUAAUCGUGAAAAUUACCUCUACUGAAUGUUCAUGAAGACCAGCUGUAUCACACUCUCUCUCUCUGUCUCUUUCUCUCUCAUUUAUUGUAUUGUUCAAGUUUCCACACUCCACUUCGCAAACAGGUUUUAGGGGCCAUUUUAAAGAAAAUAAUACAUGUAUUUACUCUGGUUGUAAAUAAAAAAGUACUAACACAGUCAGUAAAUCUUUGAGGAUCCUCAACAAUAUGAGGAACAAUUGGGAUGAGAAGUAAUAACACCAGCAGUGAGAAAGAGAUACAGUAAAACUAUGUGCUCUAAAGAGAAAAAGAGCCCCACUCUUUAACUGUGGAGCCAAUAUAUGAUGACCACAAUCCUAUAAAUGGAUUUUACACAUGAAGUUGGAGCAUAAAAGACUCAAAAACCACAGAAAAUUGUUGAUAGUCUGAUUGUGACUCCUCUUAUAGGAAUGUUUGUAUUACGUGUGAGUGGGUGUGUGUACUUCAAAGCAAGCAUUGCUUUUUAAGUGCUCACUAAACAAACAUACACAUGUAUUCAGUACUUGCUGCGAUAAUGUCAGAUCAGAUCAGUGGAUUCACCACAUGUCUCAAAUAUUCCCCAACUCCACACCUUGCCCUUGGAAAAGCUGAGUUCGUUAUGGAACGCACACAAUGCUAGUGUUGAAACUGUGUUGCUCAGCAACAUUGAGCAAACAUUGCUGCAAUAAUUAGCAAGGACAGUUUGCCGAUUGUGGUCUAUGCAGACAGUAAGGUCAGAAACAUACUUUAUGCAAGUUCAUAAACAUAAAUGCUCGGCCAACAAAUUGCAAGCAUGCUGUCCCAUUGUCAAGAUGUUCUUGCGCUAAAAAAAGCUAGACACAAUGCAGUGAAUAGAACAGAACGCAGUUGUCUAGUGAUACGUUUUUAAAAAGUUUACCUUGUAUAAUAAAAACAUGAAUCGCUAAAAAAAAAAUAAAAAAAAUAAAAAAAAAACAGCGACAUAGUCAAAAGUGUUUGUCAAGCAAAACAUCAUAACAUGAUGCCAGAAACGCCAAUGUCAUGUGUUCGAUUAUCAGGGUAUGUGCAAACUAUUACAAUUUAUACCUUGAAUGCACUGGAUGUCACUUUGGAUAAAAGCAUCUGCGAAAUGAAUAAAUGUAAUGUACUUAUAGAAGGGUUUGCAUUCACUUACUUUCACAGAGUAUGUUUCUGGCCUUGGAGAACGAUGUGUCUUGACCAAACCUGAGAAGGGCGUCGCUGCUGUCUUUUAUACUUUCAGUGGACUCGUGUCUGUUACAGGAAGUAUAGUUUACAGGAAGUGAUGUAACUGUCCUGAAUGAUAAUGUCACAUGGAGAAUACCCCAACCCCCCCCACCAAUUUAAAAUGCUGCACUUUGCAUAACGCACACAGCCACGCGUCAGUAGAAUUGCAUCGUCCACAUGACUAGAUCACAUGAUAAGGGAUCGAUUGCAGGGAUAUCCCACAGGCAGUGUUAUGGAUUGACUGAUCGAUAGAGAUCAGACAUUAUAGUUCAAACUCUGGAGUGAUCUGACUUAAAAUCAGUCUUAACUCACUUUAGUAUGUUUGUUUGCUGAUCAGUGACAGUUAGUGUUCUGAUCACAGGUCAGGAAAACCCACUUCUAGUAACGCCGUAACUGUGCCCUCCUUACUGAUGAAUGUAGUGGAUAUUGUCGAAAUGUGCUCAGAUGAAUUGAUUUUAUCUUUUUUUUUUUUUGGG